GAUGGUUUCUCUUGCAGUUCCUGACGGAGCUUACCAGACUCUUUCAGAAGUGCAGAACUUCGGGGAGUGUUUUCAUAACGCUGAAGAAAUAUGAUGGCCGAACAAAACCAGUCCCACGCAAAGGCCACGUAGAAAGUUUUGAACCAGCAGACAAUAAAUGUCUUCUAAGAGCAACUGAUGGAAAGAAGAAAAUUAGCACAGUGGUGAGCUCAAAGGAAGUAAAUAAAUUCCAGAUGGCAUAUUCAAAUUUGCUGAGAGCUAACAUGGAUGGCUUGAAGAAGAAAGACAAGAAAAGCAAAAACAAGAAGAGUAAAGCAACACAGUGAUGGAACAGUGUCCUACCAUCACUAUAACAGACUUGACCCUUGCUCAAAGCAAAGUCCAUUUCUUUUUGAGUUACUUGUCUUUGGCUUUCCUUCCAGCAGGAUACUGGGACGUGAUCAGUACUUUUGUUUAAACUCAGAGCAGAAGGUGCUUUCUAUGGAUUGUUGUAUGGCAGGGCUAUUUACAGGCUUACACUGAAAGAGCUUUACACUUAGCUGCCAACUAGUUUUGUACCUAUACUGCUGUUUUGUACUGUACAAGUGGGCGGUGUAAAACCUCUUUGGGGUGGGGGGUAACAGGGUGAAGAGAAAUGCACUGUACCAGCAGCAAAGUAAGACUGGAGCAGGAGUUCCAGUGAUGGAUGCCCAGUUGUAUAGAUAAGCCUCAGCAGAACUAGGGAAAGUGGGUGCCAACACAUUACCAGGAGCAGCAGCUUUCCUGUUCCUGUCAUCUUUUGAGGGAUCAUGUCUACAUGAUGCAGUGCAGAUAUCCCUAAGGCAGCCAGCACAGUGCUUGAACUCUUGCAGAGCGAGGCAGCUGUGCCUUUGCUCCAUGCUGAUCCAGCUGUGCUGACCCUGGCUCAGGAUGGGGGGGAGGGCAGGACUCUGCAUCAUGUUCCCUUCAGACAUGGCUUAAAAAUGCUCAUGUCACCUAAACUUUUUGUUUUUAAAGCUUUAUCUUUCAGUAUAUUCAGAGAUCUAAAUUUCCCCAUACUUGGCAUCUUAAAGUAGCUCCUUCAUGUGAGCAGAUGUAAAAGGUGAAUACUUAACUGUUCCUAUUAAACACAAUAAGAAAUG